AUGACAAUGCUCGAUCAAAUCGUCGAGACAGUGUUCGUACUCGUGAAAUGCCUUGUACUGUCCAUUAUUGCCAGCGUCAAAGCCUUAUUACCUAUGGGCUUGCUUCCGAGAAAGAGCGUAAAAGGAGAAGUGGUUCUUAUUACCGGCUCCGGUAGUGGACUCGGCCGUGGAAUGGCAAUACAGUUUGCCAAACUUGGAGCCAAACUGGUGCUGUGGGACAUUAACGAGAAAGGCAAUCUGGAAACAAAGCAAAUACUCAACGACAUGAAAGCUGAGUCGCAUGCCUACACCGUCGAUUUGAGCAAGAGGGAUCAGAUCUAUAGUACGGCUGAGAAGGUAAAGCAUGAAGUUGGCAAGGUGGAUAUUCUCGUCAACAAUGCAGGAAUCGUGACAGGCAAAAAGAUAUUUGACUGCCCCGAUGAGCUAAUGGAGCUGACAAUGGCUGUUAAUACACACGCUCUAUUCUACACCACCAAGGCCUUCGUACCAGGAAUGCUCGAAGCUGAUCACGGCCAUGUGGUGACAAUUGCGUCCAUUGCUGGCAAAGUUGGUGUAGCCGGAUUGGUCGAUUACUGCGCAUCGAAGCACGGCGCCAUAGGUUUCCACGAGUCAUUGACAGCUGAACUGGACUCGCUUGGCAAGCAUGGAGUGAAGACGACUGUUGUAUGCCCGUACUACAUCGAUACUGGAAUGUUUGAUGGAGUGCAAACGAAAUCACCGACAUUAUUGCCUGUGCUCCAACCUGAUUAUGUGGUCGAUUGCAUUAUGGAAGCUGUUCUUACUGACAAAGAACUCAUCGCCAUACCUCGGUUUAACUACAUCGUAAUGUUUUUUGGCGGGAAUCUUGCCUCGUCCUACCUCACCCAAUAUGAAGUGCAAUUCUUGUGUGUAUAA